UAGUGUUCUAGAAAUUAUAAAAUUAAGUCUUUACUGCGCCCUACUGGCCGCUAAACGCUAAAGCCUCUCUCAAGGGUUUCUCUCUUCCGGUUGACUCGGAGAUUUCAGCAACGAAAGCGUUUGGAAAGGAGUUUUAAUGUACAGUAUUCGUAUACAUUAAUAACCCAAGUUAAAUGGUUGUUAGUAGUUAAAAGAUGUAGAUGUAAAGUAUUACACGAAUCAAAUAUAUCUGCAUAAACCUGAUAGCUGUGUUGGUGAAUGAAACAAUUAGAAGUGUGUCACAAAUGGACUGUCAACCUCGAGGGAGAGGAAGAGGAGGGCGAGGAAACCGAAAUGAAGAGAGCAGAGAUAUGCGUCUGUCUAAAUCUCUGUCUUAUGCAUUACGCCACGGUGCCAAUAAGAUGGGUCUGCAGAUGAACUCGGAUGGCUUUGUAUUUGUGGAGGAACUUCUCACUCAUAAGCAGUUCCACUCAUUUUCACUGGAGGAUGUUGAGCGAGUGGUGGCCACCAACGACAAACAGCGAUUCAAGCUUUGCCACCACCCUGUGGAUGGUCGUCUUCAGAUACGAGCCAAUCAAGGUCACUCAGUGCAGGUUACAGAUCUGGAGUUGAGAGCAGUAGCACUUGAUGAUCCAGACUAUCCAAGAGAAGCUGUUCAUGGCUCAUAUAUGAAACACUGGCCCUCUAUAUGCAGUCAGGGCAUCAGCAGAAUGAACAGAACUCACAUACACCUGGCACCCGGGCUUCCUGGAGAUGGCAGAGUCAUCAGUGGUAUGAGACCGAGUUGUGAUCUGGCUGUGUACAUUGAUGUUGCGAAAGCUAUUUCAGAUGGGAUUCAGUUUUUUUGGUCGGAGAAUGGCGUACUCUUGACCCCUGGAGAUGCUGCUGGGAUGUUACUGCCAUGCUAUUUCUCUCGAGCACGAAGACUAAAACCUUCACCUUGUGAAAUUGAACUACAUUAGCUGUUGAAGAGGAUCUCCUUCUGAACUUAAAACAAAAAACUGGAGAUGUACAUUGGACUUUCGAAUGCAUUAAAGUGGAAGAUCUGUUUCUAAGAAUUAAUAUCUUCUAAAUAAAAAGAAACACAUUUUUUAAUAGCACGA